GAUGCUAUCCAAGCUGGAGAAAUAUGGUCCGCUGGCCGCAGCUGUGGCUCUGCCGCAUGUCGGGGGGAUAUCUGCUGCUUUUAUCACCAGAAAGGAAGUCAAGACGUGGUACGAGACUCUGCGUCGACCUUCCUGGAGACCACCGAACUGGGCUUUUGCUCCCGUCUGGACCACCCUGUACACGGGUAUGGGCGUCGCCUCCUACCUGGUGUGGAAAGAGGGCGGGGGGUUCGAGGGAGAGGCGAGGGCGCCGCUCAUCCUCUACGGUACCAGCCUGGCCCUCAACUGGAUGUGGACACCCAUCUUCUUCGGCGCCCACAAGAAGGGGCUGGCCCUCAUCGAAAUCGUGGCCCUGUGGGGCACUGUAGGAGCAUGUACCUUCGCCUUCGCCCCCAUCAGCAGAGUGGCCUCCUACCUGAUGGUGCCUUACUGGGGUUGGCUCUCGCUGGCAACAGCCCUCACCUACUGCGUCUGGAGAGACAACAAAGACAAGGAUGACUGAUCUGGCCUCCAUCUGUAGCUUACGUGCAACAAAUAUAUUUUUUUCGACAUUA